AUGACUGAGAUUACCAUUACCGGCUGGAAGACCCGGGAUGUUCGGUUUCCGACCUCCCUGGACGGUACCGGCUCCGACGCCAUGAACGCCGCUGGCAACUACUCUUCCGCAUACUGCAUCCUCGAGACUGACUCCGAAUUCACCGGACAUGGCAUGACCUUCACCAUCGGCCGUGGAAACGACAUCGUUUGCGCCGCCAUCAACCAUGUUGCCGACCGCCUCCAAGGCAAGACUCUCUCAUCUCUCGUCGCCAACUGGGGUGAGACCUGGCGCUACCUCGUCUCCGACAGCCAGCUCCGCUGGAUCGGCCCUGAGAAGGGAGUCAUCCACCUCGCCCUCGGAGCCGUUGUCAAUGCCGUCUGGGACCUGUGGGCCAAGUCCCUCGGCAAGCCCGUCUGGCGCAUCGUGGCCGACAUGAGCCCCGAGGAGUUCGUCAACUGCAUCGACUUCCGAUACAUCACCGACGCCCUCACACCCGAGGAGGCCAUCGCCAUGCUUAAGGAGACUGAGAAGACCAAGCCCCAGCGUCUGCAGGAUGCCCUCAACAACCGCGCUGUCCCUGCCUACACCACCAGCGCUGGCUGGCUCGGCUACGGCGAGGACAAGAUGAAGGGUCUGCUGCAGGAGACUCUGGACGCUGGAUACCGCCACUUCAAGAUCAAGGUCGGCGGCGACAUUGAGCGUGACCGCAAGCGCUUGAGCAUUGCUCGAGAGGUCAUCGGCUACGACAAGGGCAACGUCCUCAUGACCGACGCCAACCAGGUCUGGUCCGUCCCGGAGGCCAUUUCUUACAUGGAGAAACUUGCCGACUUCAAGCCCUGGUUCAUUGAGGAGCCCACAUCUCCCGAUGACAUUCUCGGCCACAAGGCCGUCCGCGAGGCCCUGAAGCCCUACGGCAUUGGCGUGGCUACCGGCGAGAUGUGCCAGAACCGCGUCAUCUUCAAGCAGCUCCUCCAGACUGGUGCCAUUGACGUGUGCCAGAUCGAUGCCUGCCGCAUGGGAGGUGUCAAUGAGGUCCUCGCCGUCCUGCUCAUGGCCAAGAAGUUCGGUGUCCCCAUUGUGCCUCACUCCGGCGGCGUUGGCCUCCCCGAGUACACCCAGCACCUGAGCACCAUCGACUACGUCGUCGUCUCAGGCAAGCUUUCUGUCCUCGAGUACGUCGACCACCUGCACGAGCACUUCUUCCACCCCUCCGUCAUCAAGGAUGGAUACUACACCACCCCCGUCGAGCCCGGCUACAGUGUCGAGAUGAAGCCCGCCAGCAUGGACCAGUUCAGCUACCCCGGAGAGAAGGGCGUGAGUUGGUGGACUUCGGAUGAGGCCAAGGUCAUUCUUGACGGCGUCAAGAUUUGA